GAGGGUCGGAUUGAGCCUCAGCUCGCCAUGAAGAUUCUCGGUACCUUUGAUCGUGUUAUUACAGAAGUUCUCGCCGACAAGGUCCGCGCAAGACUUACUUUCAAGGGCCACCUGGAUACCUACCGAUUCUGUGACGAAGUCUGGACAUUCCUCAUCAAGGAUGUCACAUUCAAACUGGACAACCAAACGACAGUCUCCGCGGACAAGGUCAAGAUCGUGAGCUGCAACAGCAAGAGACCUGGGGAGGCAUAAUCCUCUCUCGUUCAAAGACUCAUGGCGUUUUCUUCCCCUCGGAUCUGUUUUCUGCACAAGCGUUCCUUUUCGUCCAAACAAUGUUAUUAUAUGGUUGCUCGGGGGACACGGUUGAUCUAUUCGGGUUUCUGUCGUCGGCGUUUUUAGGAGACCGGCCCCUUGGGUUUUUAUUGCAAAUUCUCGAUAUCUAUCUAGCUUGUUAAAAUCAGAUACCCAAAAUAAAUUGUGACAC